AUGCCGAUCGAAUUCACCGUAUUCAAGGGUUCCAAGGAUGGAAUCAAACAAGAGAUAACGCGCAAAGACGACCUCAAGCGCGACGAAGUGCUCGUUCGCGUCACCCACUCCGGUGUCUGCGGUACCGACCUUCAUUAUCAAGAUGUCGAAAUGGGCCUUGGCCACGAGGGAACCGGAGUGGUCGAAGCGACCGGGCCUGACGCACACCUAUUAAAAAGAGGCGACCGGGUGGGCUGGGGAUACGAACAUGACUGCUGUGGUCAUUGUCGCCAGUGCCUGACGGGCUGGGAAACACUGUGCUCCGAGCGAAAGAUGUACGGGCAUGCCGAUCUCGAUCAAGGAUCAUUCGCGUCGCAUGCUGUCUGGCGGGAGGCAUUCCUUUUCAAGAUCCCGGAUAAUCUAGAAAGUGAGGAUGCGGGUCCACUGAUGUGUGGUGGAUCAACGGUCUGGAAUGCUCUGCACGUCGCUCAGGUGCGACCGACUGCUCGCGUCGGAAUCGUGGGUAUCGGAGGACUGGGGCAUCUGGCUAUUCAAUUCGCUGCCAAGAUGGGCUGUCAAGUUGUUGUCUUCUCUGGUACUGACAGCAAGAAGGAAGAGGCUAUCAGCUUGGGUGCCACGGAGUUUCAUGCUACCAAAGGGUUGAAGGAACUAAAGCUCGAAAAUCCUCUGGAUAACUUGAUUGUCACAACUAGCAGUCAGCCGGACUGGAAUAUGUAUCUUGGUGUUAUGGCACCGGGCGGAACUAUUUCUCCUCUAUCUGUGGAUUCAAAUGAUCUGAAAAUCCCUUAUAUGCCUUUGUUGUUGAACGGUCUUCGCGUGCAGGGUGGAAUUGUAUCUUCGAGACAGGUGCACCGCGAGAUGCUGGAGUUCUGUGGUCUUCAUAAGAUCAAGCCUGUCAAGAUGACUUUCCCGUUGACAUUGGAAGGUGUGAAAGAGAGUCUGAAGACGCUGGACGAGGGCAAGAUGCGGUACCGAGGUGUUCUUGUCGCGGGCAAGUAA